GAUCUUUUCCCUCCUCUCUUCUUACACCUCCGUUCUCCCCCCAAAUCAACACCUAUCUACUUACUACACUAUCACUCCUACUAUCCGGUUAUGAUAGAUAGAUUGAUAGACGGACAGAUUCGACCGAAUGUCCGUCUAUGAGAAUCUAUGCCAUACUUCACCCCCGAAAAUGACGGUACGGGUUUAGCGCGACAACUGACCGAUCCGCUUGUCGCUCAAUAUGUCUACUCCGUCUUCAUCGCUCUCGCCUGGUGCAAUGCCCUCGAGCUGGUGGUCCUCUGCCUCAAUACCUUCAAACGCUAUGCUGGCACUUACUUCUGGAGUCUUUUCAUCGCCUCCAUUUCCGUCAUUCCCUUUGGCCUGGGAUACCUCCUGAAGAUGUUUAACAUCUCCUUCACCAACGGCUACCUCGAGUUGGCCAUCACCGACAUCGGCUGGGUUGGCAUGGUCACCGGUCAAUCCCUCGUCCUCUGGUCACGCCUCCACCUCGUCGUUCACAAUCGCAAGGUGCUCAAGAGCCUCCUCUACCUCAUCGUCAUCGACGGCGUUCUCCUCCACACUGCUGCCACCACGCUGGAGUUUAUGAACAACGGUCUCUCUGACAUUCACAAUGUGACGGUUGCGUUUGGCAUUAUGGAACGGAUACAAGUAGUGUGGUUCUGCGUUCAGGAGCUUCUCAUCUCCUCCGUGUAUAUCUUGGAAACCGCCAAGUUGCUACGGCUCGACCGUGGAGGGCCGUCACGCACCAUUCUCACGCAAUUGAUCAUCGUCAAUGUGGUCAUCAUGGUGCUCGAUAUCACGGUGGUCGCGGUUCAGUUCGCAGGUUAUUUCACAUUGCAGGUGACCACGAAAGUCCUAGUCUACAGCAUCAAAUUAAAGCUAGAAUAUAUCAUAUUGGGGCGGUUAGUCGACGUGGCGCAUAUGCGAUCACAGCCGGUAACUCCGCGCUUCCGCCUAUGAUUACUGUGCACGCACUCCUAGGGCGAUCCCUCCUCCCAGAGACUGGCUUCGCGCACACCGCCUGCCGAUAUACCGUCUAGCCUUCCGUUCUAAAUUUUCUCCUACUAACUCUAAAAGGAUUUAAGUCGCGAAG